UAGGAAAGAUCGGAGCCGUCCGAUCGAGUCGAUUCCUAGGAUCUUCCAAGCGACCCAAAAACUCCUUCCAUCUCCUCCUAAAACUGCAAAUUUCAAACCUUGACAAAGAAGCAAUUUAAUUAUUAAAGGAUUUUCCUUGAAACAGCCGGAAAAUGUCAUCAUGGUAGCAGUAUUUUGCACCAAAGUGAGCGCAGAUUAACAAGGAAGAAUUUCAAAAGAACCGUUUGACGGUUGUGUUUGCUUGGUCACAAUCUAUUUCUCUAUUUCUUCUCCUCCUCUCAACUCUCCCCUCGUGAUCGCUACCGGCUUUCUCAAUCUACUCUUUUUUUUUUUUUUUUAAAAAAAAAAACCCCCUUAAAAGAUUUUUUUUUUUUUUUUCUUUUUCUGGAUCCCUAAAAAGCCUCAGUUUUGGAGACAAAUUUCUGGCUUUGCUUUCAAUUUUUAUAGCUAUCGAGUCGCAUUAUUGUCUCUCUGCUCUGCGUUGAAGAAGCAAAGAUUGUUGGCUUAGCUCCUUUUGAGCUUCCCGCUUGGUCGAUUAUUGUACGUGUAUUUUUAUGUAUUUACGGAAUUUAUCCCAAAAUCGAACUGGUUAAUCGUGAUGUUAUCCAAAUCGGUGUAAAAGCGAUCAUUCUCAAUGAAGCGGCAAUGAGGUGCGUGGAAGUGAAAUGGAGGUUAGAUCUGAGAGUGUACCGGGGAGAUGCGAUAAGCUUCAAGCUCCGGUGAUCCCUAAAACUCGCUUGCAGGUUUGGUUCAUUAGAGUGUGUUCGAGCAUUUUGCUAUGGACCUGUUUGGUUCAGCUCGUCGCCGUUGGGGAGCUAUGGCAUCCUCGUUUGCUCGUCACGUUAACCAGUCAGAUAUCGCGAUUUGCCCGUCUAGAACAGCCUCUGCCCGUGCAAUCGCCGCCGCCUCUUCUUCCAGCAAGAAACUAUUCCAGUAACGGUUUUCUCAGAGUGUCAUGCAAUGGGGGCUUGAAUCAAAUGCGUGCUGCGAUCUGUGAUAUGGUGACUGUUGCUCGUCUUUUGAAUCUCACUUUGGUUGUUCCAGAGCUUGAUAAAACAUCUUUCUGGGCCGAUCCUAGGCAUGUUUGUUUUUCUGAAUUUUUUGUCCUUAUUUCCUCACUUUGUACUCUUCAAAAAAUUUUGAGCGAUCAUUCUUUCUGCAGUGAUUUUGAGGACAUAUUUGAUGUAAGACAUUUCAUCGAUUCUUUAAGAGAUGAGGUUCGGAUUGUCAAGCGGCUGCCAAAGAGGUUUAAUAGGAAAUAUGGAUAUGAGCCACUUGAAAUGCCACCUAUUAGCUGGUCAGAUGAAAAAUACUAUUUGCAACAGAUACUACCUCUUUUCACCAAACACAAAGUUUUACACUUCAACAAAACCGAUACACGCCUGGCAAACAAUGGUCUUCCCCUUGAUUUGCAGAAACUCAGGUGCCGUGUAAAUUUUCAGGGACUGAAAUUCACUCCUCAAAUUGAAGCUUUGGGGUAUAAAUUGGUCCAUAUUCUUCAAGCAAAAGGACCUUUUGUGGCUUUGCAUCUAAGGUAUGAGAUGGACAUGUUGGCGUUCUCGGGUUGCACUCAUGGCUGCACUGAGGCAGAAGCUGAGGAGCUAAAAAGGAUGAGGUACGCAUACCCUUGGUGGAGGGAGAAAGAGAUAGUGUCCGAAGAGAGAAGAGCACAAGGUUUAUGUCCUCUAACCCCAGAAGAGACAACAUUAAUUUUGCAAGCAUUGGGUUUUGAUAAAGAUACACAGAUUUAUAUUGCAUCUGGUGAAAUUUAUGGCAGUGAGAGGAGGCUAGCAGCACUAAGAGCCGUAUAUCCAAGAAUUGUGAAAAAAGAAAUGUUGUUGGAUUCGGUAGAACUGCAGCUAUUCCAGAAUCAUUCAUCUCAAAUGGCAGCUCUAGAUUUUAUGGUAUCAAUAGCGAGCAAUGCUUUCAUCCCCACAUAUUACGGAAAUAUGGCAAAACUUGUGGAAGGUCACCGCAGGUACCUAGGGUUUAAGAAGACCAUACUACUAGAUAGGAAAAGACUUGUAGAAUUGGUUGAUAUGCAUCAGAAUGGUACACUCUCAUGGGACAGGUUUGCAGCUGCUGUGCGUAAAGCACAUGACAGAAGAAUGGGGCAACCUACUCGACGGAUAGUUAUUGCCGACAAACCUAAAGAGGAAGAUUAUUUCUAUGCUAACCCUCAAGAAUGCCUUUGUGAAGGAACAAACUGUGAUAAGUUACUUGGCCCCAGAAAUUUGAUUGAAAUACAGCCAUUGCAUGGAUGAGCUGAACUCCAUUACAAAUGGUUUCCCAUGCAAUUGUACCACUCGUAUACACGGAACAAUUCCAAGUUGCUUCUAUAACAGAAGGUUCUGCUACGCAUGCAAACCCCCAAGAACUUUGAGCUCCCAUUGGAGCAUCAAAUGAUCUUAUUUUUUCCUUUCGUCCAUUUUUUUUGUUGAUAGUUUUUAAUUUCCCCCCUUGUUACUUUCUGUCUGAGUAACUACCACGUAAGUUAACAAUCAAAGGUACAUGUGUUAUAGCUUCAA